UUUCAGCCGAAAGGAAAGAAAGCCAAGGGGAAGAAGGUGGCCCCACCCCCUUCUGUCGUUAGGAAACAUGAAGUUAAAAAGGUCGUGAACCCUCUGUUUGAGAAGAGACCCAAAAAUUUUGGAAUUGGUCAGGAUAUCCAACCGAAGAGGGACCUGACGCGGUUUGUGAAAUGGCCUCGGUAUGUGCGACUUCAACGUCAAAGGGCCAUUCUGUACAAGCGCCUGAAGGUGCCUCCAGCAAUUAACCAGUUCACUCAAGCCCUCGACAGGCAGACUGCUACCCAGCUCUUCAAGCUGGCCCAUAAAUACCGGCCGGAGACAAAGCUGGAGAAGAAGCAGCGGCUGUUGGCCAGAGCCCAGCACAAGGCAGCUGGGAAGGCAGACGCUCCAACAAAGAGGCCAGCAGUUCUCCGAGCAGGUGUGAACACUGUCACCUCUCUGGUGGAGAGUAAGAAAGCUCAGCUGGUGAUUGUCGCACACGAUGUCGAUCCCAUUGAGCUGGUUGUGUUCCUGCCUGCUCUCUGCCGGAAGAUGGGGGUUCCUUACUGCAUUGUCAAAGGCAAAGCCAGACUUGGGCGUCUUGUGCAUCGAAAAACUGCCACCUGUCUUGCCCUGGCUCAGAUCAACCCUGAGGAUAAGGGAGCAAUGGCCAAACUGAUCGAGGCUGUGCGGACAAACUACAACGAGCGGUUUGAUGAGAUCCGGCGUCACUGGGGGGGUGGUAUUCUGGGCCCCAAAUCUGUGGCUCGGAUUGCCAAGCUGGAGAAGGCCAAGGCUAAAGAACUGGCAACCAAACUGGGCUAACUCGAGGCCUACUCAGCUCGUUGUGUAUAUAAGGAACAGUAAAACUGAUUAUUUAAAAAAAA